CAUCACCACAUACACCCCACUUCAUACAAGCACCACCGUAUACCCCAAACCCUUACAGACAAUCUGUAACCUAACAAUCAAUAUGGAAACCGUCAACAAUGUCGCCAGUGCUGCGAGCAAGCUCAUUUGGGGAGAGGGCGAGCAGGCCCAGGAGCGCACCACGACCAACGAGACUGGCGGUUUAGAACCCCUCUCGGGCGAGCAGGGCAAAGGCACUGUGAGCGAGCCUUUUGACAAGGGCAAUUCGGAGAAUCCCAUCUCCGGUGAACGCAUAUCCGCCGCAUCCCCCUCUCCCGGCUUCGGUCAAACCUCCACUACGACUGGCGGGAUCUCGCACCCAGAGAACGAGACCUCCAAGACCGGCGACGUGUCUGCCCCUUCCACAUCCACCUCAACUAGCAAUCCCGGCCCCAACCCUACCUCCGCGGCUGCCGGCGGUGUUCCACAUCCCGAGCAUGAGACCUCCAAGACCGGCGUCGUAGGCAGCAUGGGCUCCGACCCCAAGGGCAGCGACGUGCGGCCCACCGAAUCCGCGGCCCACACCGGUGCACCACCUGAGUCUGGUGCCGCUCCAACUCAGAAGCAGCAGGGCGCCGCAAACCCGACCGACGAGCCGGAGAAGGGCGAGUCGAAGUCAAAGUCGACGAUGAACGUCGACGACAUCGACGGCGAGGAGGCGCUGAAGAAGAAGGACCCGAACGACCACUCGGGCGAGCCGAUGCAUAUGCAUGGUGGCGACGGUGGUAGCGAGGAGAAGAAGAAGACGAAGCUUGAGGAGAGGCGGGAGAGCAAGGCAGGCCAGGAGGGCGGACAGGAGCUCGGCAAGGAGGAGCACGGGACCGGCGAGCAGUGGGUGAAGAGCACUGGCCUCGCGGCCGAAGGCGGCGAUUUCGAUGCUACCAAGCCUGGCGCCGGUCGCGAAGCCGACCGCCUCUUGGAGCAGAAGGGCAUCCACAAGAGCAAGCCCGACGAGACUGCGAAGGACGACACCUCGACCGCCUCCCCGACGCCCUCGGGCACCAAGGAGAAGGUCAGCCUGGCCGACAAGGUCAAGAACAAGCUGCACAUCGGCCACAAGGAUAAGCCGUAAAUGGCUCUUCUUGUCCACCGAGUUACACACACAUACCCAUACCCUUGCGAUUCCUAUUCUGGCGUUGUGUUAGUAUGAUUACGAAACCCGGAUGGCUAGCUGGCAGGCUGCGAAUUUGACGGGGCAACCAUGACAGCGGCGCUGGCCUGGCGCGGGUUUCUUUUCUCUUUCUCUUGAAUUACCUUUGUAUACUUAGUUUCUUACUUCGAUAAUGAAGUUAUGAUCCAAUGAUUACAUCGCUCACGUGCAAAGGGAAGGCAUGGAUGAAGUAUUACACUGUCUCGCGCUCUCAUUUAAUGUCAUACACGUCAUUG